AUGCGCUUCACUCUUCUUGCUCUAUUCCUCUUCAUGGCAUUCUUUGCCGAAAUCGAUGGCUGCUUCUCACAGGUCUGCAAGUUGCCAUGGGAACGUUAUAUUGGCAACGACGACAGCAGCCCUUACUUCCGCGGACGUACACUUCCUAACUACACAGUUGGAAACUCCUCCAGUGAGGAGUACGGCCCUAAUCCGAAGAAUGACAACAGUGAUGAUCCUUUGUGA